AGGGAGAGCGCACUCCACGUUGGCGCAGGCACCGGACCGGGAGAACGGAGCGUUGUGCACGGAGGCAGCAUGGCUUCGUCUCACGGGAGAAGCGACGUGCGGUUUGCAGACUGGAUGGCAAGUUUACCGCAGAGCAUGCACACUAUUCCGCUCACCAACCUGGCUAUUCCCGGUUCCCAUGAUUCCUUCAGUUUCUACAUCGACGAGGCGUCUCCUGUUGGCCCCGAGCAGCCGGAGACGGUGCAGAACUUUGUGUCUGUUUUUGGCACAGUGGCCAAGAAGCUAAUGAGGAAGUGGUUAGCCACACAGACUAUGAACUUCACCAGCCAACUGGAGGCUGGGAUCCGCUUCUUUGACCUGCGCAUCUCCACCAAGCCCCGCGACCCCGACAACGAGCUGUUCUUCGCCCACGGGCUCUUCAGCGCCACGGUGCGAGAAGGUCUGGAGCAGAUCAGCAGCUUCCUGUCGGCUCAUGCCAGAGAGGUCGUGUUCCUGGACUUCAACCACUUCUACGGCGUGCAGAACCUGCACCAUGAAAAACUGGUGGCCAUGUUAAAGGAGGUGUUUGGAGAGAAACUCUGCCCAGUCGUCUUCGCUCAGGAGGUGACUCUGCAGUAUCUGUGGGAGAAGGAGUACCAGGUGCUUGUCUUCUACCACCACCCCAUGGCCCUGGAGGUGCCCUUCCUGUGGCCAGGCCAGAUGAUGCCGUCUCCCUGGGCCAACACCACAGAUCCAGAGAAGCUGGUUCAGUUUCUCCAGGCGUCUGUCACUGACCGCAGGAGGAAGGGGACCUUCUUUGUCUCCCAGGUGGUUCUGACACCAAAGGCCAGUACUGUGAUGAAGGGCGUGGCCAGUGGACUGAGAGAGACAAUCACAGAAAGGGCCUUGCCGGGCAUGAUGCAGUGGAUAAGAUCGCAGAGGCCCGGGGAGAGCGGCAUCAACAUCAUCACAGCUGACUUUGUGGAGCUCGGAGAAUUCAUCAGCGCCGUCAUCACCCUCAACUAUCAUCUGGACGAUGAUGAAGAUGACGCCACCUGAGAGCCCGCGGGGGGGAGCGUCAGGGAGCAUAGGCACCACCACCAGUGGUUUGGUCUGUGCUCUCUCUCUUUUCUCUUUGGCAUUUAUUUCAGGAGGGGAGCUGCACUGCUCCUUUCACUUUAUUUAGGGCUAUAGCGAAUUGAGAGAUCAAAUGGCAAAAAGGGGGUUGAGGGAAGAGAAGCUGUGAUGAGGAGAAACAACACUGGUGUUUGGCUGGCGCACGAAGAGAAUGAGGUUUUGUUUGUUUGUUUCCUAUUUAGGGAUCAGAAUUGUGUUUUCAAGUGAGAUGUUCAUUUCCUUUACUUCCUGUGCUGUAAAAAUAGCUGCUUUUCCACUGAUCAAAUGCACUGUUUUCAACCAAGGGUAGAGUCCUCAGAGCAUAUCAACUUUCUGCUAAACGUGUUGGUCCAUCACUCUUGAUAUUCUUGUGACAGUGAAGUUUUUUUUUCAGAGGUUGUGUGAAAAUCAGUUUGUGUAAUUUAAACCACUCAAAUCAUAGGCUGGUGUG